GUGAUUUUAUAAUCUCGAGUAUCGAUAUCAUAAUGAGAAUCGACAUAAAACUUUUACCCCUUGUUCUGCUUACUGUAGUGUUGCUGGAAGCAAGGGUACAUGCAGAUUUAUCAUCCCUUUGGAAGAUAUUAUUCAACUAUCUGUUUCCUAAGGAUCCCGGUAUAGUGAGAGUAAGGAGGCUGGAAGAAGUAAAAAAAAAAACAGUGAACAACGUAUCUAUAUUAGAUUUCAUCGGAUUGAUAGAGAGAUAUGAUUACAUUGCCGAGGAGCAUUAUAUAACAACAGAAGAUGGUUACAACUUGGUAAUACAUAGAAUAUCAGGAACUCCUUUACAUGUAGAUCAAAAGCAAAGACCAGUUGUGUUCCUUAAAAGUGGUAUCUUUAGCUCAUCUGAUACCUGGGUGUUAUUCGGUCCUGGCAGAGACCUUCCAUUUUUAUUGGCUGAUGAAGGAUACGAUGUGUGGCUUGGAAAUUCCAGGGGAAAUACCUAUUGUAGAUCACAUGUAAAAUUGUCUCCACAAAGCAAGAACUUUUGGCGGUAUAGCUACCACGAGAUAGGAACGAAGGAUCUUCCAGUUGUGAUUGAUUAUGUACUUAAUUACACAAAUCAGAAAACUCUGCAUUACAUUAGUUACUCGAUGGGAAGUACCGAAUUAUUCGUUUUAUUAUCCAUGAGACCAGAAUACAAUGCAAAAAUAAAACUGGGAAUCUGUCUUGCUCCAGUUGCCAUUUGGAAAAAAACGAUUCCUUUUCUGGAAUAUUUUUAUAAAAUGAUACCAAACUUUAAGGAAUUUUGUUAUUCUAAUGAAAUAUAUGAAAUAGGAUCCUUAUCAUCAAUGAGUAUUAUGAUGGGAAGAGCGCUAUGUGCAGAUAACACUAUUACUCAGGCUGCCUGCAUUGCAUUAAUGUUUCUAUUCGGCGGAUCCGAUCCAGCACAACUUAAUACUACGAUAUUACCAAUAGUAUUAUCGUAUUAUCCGGCCGGAUCUUCUGUUCAAUUAAUAGAUCAUUAUUUUCAAAACAUGAUUACAAAGAAAUUUCAAGCCUACGAUUAUGGGUAUUUUGGAAAUUACAAACAAUAUGGUCAGAUAACGCCCAUAAUAUAUGACCUUAACAAAGUUACUGUGCCUUUGGCUAUAUAUUAUAGCACUAACGAUUUGAUUGCAACAAAAACGCAACAGCAACAGCAACAACAAACAACAACACUUUGA